AUGAUAUUCUGCCAGCACCUGCCGAUAUCCCGCCCCCAAGUGUGGCUGCGACCGCCCCUGCCUCCGAGCCCGGAGGCCAGCUGCCCAUACCCACCCACUUACCUACCCACUUACCUACCUACCUACCUACCUACCCACCUACAACCACCACUUCGUCAACCUCGCCGUCGCUACCGCUACCGCUGCCGCUAA